AUGGAUAAUAGUUGGAAUACUUGGGGAUCGUCUUCGAAUAAUGUUGAUGAUGAUGACGAUGACUGGGAACUAAUCCAAUGGGCAACGGUUAUUCUAUUCAACCCUGUGUCUGAACGUCUAGCAGGAUAUAUAUUGCCUCUACCAUGCAGAAACAGCAUGCUAAGUGGCCGUGCGUAUGUGCAAGAAGUGAUUGAUGGCCAUCCUGCAAGAGUACUUGAGAACUGUAGAAUAACGGUGGAUUCUUUCAUGCGCUUAUGUGACAUUCUUGUGAGUGGGGGAUAUGUACCACAAAAUCCCCAGAAAAGAGUGCUCAUAGAGGAAGCACUGUGCAUGACAUUAGUCAUGUUGAGUCACAAUCAUCGAAUGCGCUGCCUCGCUGAACGAUUCCAACAUUCUUCGGAAACCAUCUGCAGGAACAUUCAUGAGGUGUUGCGGGGCCUUUCAUAUCAAAUCUACAAGAAUGCUGUAGGUGCAUUAGAUGGUACACAUAUUCCAGCACAUCCGCCACCUGGACAACAAGCGGCAUAUACGAAUAGGCAUGGCCAAUCAACUCAAAAUGUACUAGCCAUUUGCGAUUUUGAUAUGCGAUUUUCAUAUAUUUAUGCUGGUUGGGAAGGAAGCGCCCAUGAUGCACGCGUCUUGGACGGAGCACUAACAGGACCUACACAUUUUUCGAUGCCCCCUCCAGGAAAAUACUACCUUGUGGACUCGGCAUACAGAAAUAUUCCUGGAUUUCUUGCACCUUAUCGUGGAACACCUCGACAAAAUGCUCAAGGCCGACGUGGCUCUUCCUCCCCUAAGCAACUUUUCAAUACUCGUCACUCAUCACUUAGAAAUGUAAUUGAGAGAUGCUUUGGGGUGCUUAAAAGGAGAUUCACUAUCCUACGUGGUCCUGUACCUAAUUUUUAUAUGAGUACACAAAUAAAUGUGGUGAUAGCUUGCUGUACUCUACACAAUUUCAUACGAGAUGAAUUGCCAGAUGAUGACAUAUUCAAUGAUCAUGAUCAGGAGAUGGAUAUCGAAGGAGAAGGUGGGGUCCCACCUAUGCCAGAAAUUCAACCCUUAAGUGCCUCACAACAAGAGGUCAAUGAAUGGCAUGAAAUGAGAGAUGAAAUGGCAAAUGGAAUGUGGAAUGCGUAUCGGAGUGCGAGACGAAGAAAUUACCUCACAGUGCAACUUGCUCACACGACAGAGCUGAAUUCUUUCUUCCUCUCGGCUCGCGCAAGGACUGGUGGCGAUAUUCCUGGUUGCAGUGCUUUCGGCUAUGGUGGUGUUGGAGUUUUGAGGAUGUUUGCAGCUGGUGGAGGUUGA